AUGGAUCCCCACCGCCGCGGUCGCGGCGGCACAUCCCGAGGCUCCUCAGCCGCAGAGUUCGCCAUUAAACACUAUGCCAAUCCAAGAAGAAUAUCUCUCCUUUCCUCCCCUACCACCUCCUCAGCCUCAGCAGAGCCACUACUCCUCGUCGAGAAAGAUGAUGAAAAUCAAAUCCCCAAAGCCCCGCGCCUUCAUUCCUCAUCAUGGUCAGCUGAUUUCGUAACCCACAAUGAAGAUCUCUUGGCCCAGAUUUUGCUUUUCUUGCCUCCGAAGUCCCUCCUCCGCUUCCAAUCCGUCUCCAAGCAAUGGUUAUCCAUCAUUUCCAGCCCUGGUUUCCGCCGCAUGCACAGCCGGAAAUACCGCUCUGCCGGCUCGUCUUUCUUUGUUCUUGACAGCUGUGUCGAUGACCCCCCGCUCAAUUUCAUCUCUCUCCGGCAAGAAGAUGUGAAAUUAAUGGGUACCAUUACUUCUGGCUUAAAUGAUUUUCUUGAUGGUGGUUUAGUCCUAAACAUGCAUUCUUGCAACGGUUUGUUAUGCAUUGAUGUUUCCUUCGAAUUGACCUUUUUUAACGAAGACAGACGAUUGUUAGUGUACAAUCCUACCACUGAUGAGUACAGGACUAUUCCUAGGGAGAAAUCAGCACAAGAUCAAUCUGAAGGUGUUAAUAUUGUUUUCGACCCUUCCAAAUCUCAUCAUUACAUACUCGUAAGCGCGUUGGUGGUCAAUGAAGAUGAAGAUGAAUUCAGAUUCACGGUAUAUUCAUCUGAAACUGGGCUUUGGAGCGAGACAGCGGCGAAAUUUGAGCAUGAUGGUGACCGGUAUUACUUCGAAAAAGGGGCGUAUUGGAAUGGUGAUCUUCAUUGGGUUAGUGUAUCAUCAGGUACUCUAUGCUUUGAUUUGGACAAUAAGCGUCUGAGGCCGGUGAUUCCUCAUCCCUCAACUCCCUCUGUUGAGUGGCGUGAUAUCUGUUACUUUGGGGAGUCAGGGGGCGACUUGUAUUUAAUCGGUCUGGACAAACCUCAAGCAAUGCUAUGGAAAGUUUAUUCCUUGAAAAGGGACUAUUCUGGCUGGGUUGUCAAGUAUUCCAUAGAUGUUGCUUCUUUGGUUACUUUUUAUCCUUCAAUGGUGGUUGAAGAAGAGUCGAAUGAGAAGCAUUUUGAUUUACAUAUGCCUUGUUUUGUUGUGGAUGAGAAAGAAAAGAAAGCAAUGCCUGUCAUAUUACUCAGGUGUAAAGUCAUUUCUUAUGAUAUCAGUGAUAUGACUGUCGAGGAGCUUGCUGAAAUAGAUUCCAGCCAUCUGGAGCAUGCUUUCUCCUUCAGAGCUCCAAAGUACUGUUUAGUGGAUGCUGUCCAGCACACUGAGACAUUGGCUUGUAUAUAG